AUGUCCACACUUACUGACAACACACAGUCCCUGCUGCACGGCCUCCAUGAGCGCUUGCUCAGCCUAGUCGUCACACAUGUACGAGUCACCUUCACAGCCCCCGAAUAUGGGGUGAACGAAUUCGCUCAUUUGUUUACGCAUUCCAUUCUAUAUUUGCUCACAACAGAUGGAAAAUCUGUUGAAAUCAAUAUGGGCUCCCCCUCCGCGGAUACUUAUUUGGGACGGCUCAUGAUACGCCGGCGACACUUUCAGUCGCACCGUCAUGCUUUCAAGCACUGGGAUUUCCUAGCUAGUACGGGACUCUUGGUUCGUGAUGUACUCCAUGCCAUUAAGGCUAAUGGAAGAAACCUUUAUAGGUUCCAUCGCAGCGGUCUCGGGUGCCGACAUUGGGUGCGAACAGUGAUAUUCGAGUUUUGGGAACUUGGCUUCAUUGAUCAUUCGCAGGUUCAUCCGCUGCGGCGGUUCAAGAAGGAGGUUCGAUACUCCUAUCCUUUUCGACUGCCUCGGGUGAAGACUAACGUUGUGAAGGGGAAGUUUCUGUGGGAGACCUACUACUAG